AGAGGAAGUGUCCUAAUGACCACAGGAGGAUCACACUCACAUGAACUUGGAGCAGUCGGCGGUGUCGCUUCCGGAAUACACUCAGGGCUUACACCGUUGCACGGGCAUGCUGGACACGUGGGCGGAUCAACCGUAUAUGGCGGCGCUGUACACGGCGGAGGUCGAGCUGGGCUUGCCUCAGAGGCUUCAUCUUCAGGUGGUAGUGCAGCUUCUAGUGGCACCGGUUCUCUCGUCAAUGCAGCAGGUGUCACAAUGAACACAGGUCGUACACCCUCAUACGGACCAGUAUUAACUGGCGGUGUCUCUUCAGGAACAGUUCCAGGGGUUACACCCUCACAUGGCCCUGUCGGAGUCGCAACGAGCAGUACCGGACUAUCUCCAGGUAGUGCGUCGCUAAGGGGUACUACAGCCUCAGGAGGGACUGGGGUUGGAGGUACCAGUGUUGGUGUCGGGACAGCGGGUGUGCACUCAUCCGUAGUCACAAUACCUGGAGGCCUCGCAGGCGGAAUAUCCCCAGGCGGCAUGGUUGCAUCUGGUACAGGAGGGAUAGGUAGGAUUAUUGGAAGCAGUGCUACUGCCGGAAUGCACCCAGUGAGCGUCGGUUUACCUAGUGGCGUUAAUGUCGCAUUACCUCCAGGAACUACAGCAUCAGCUGGGUCCGUCGAGAGUGGUAGGAUUAGUGGUAGUAGGCUCCCUGCCGGCUCAAGCCCAGCAAGUAUAAACGUCGCUACUGGCACUCUACCAGGUGGCACUGCCGCCGUAUUGUCCCCAGUGACUGUUGCAGCAGGUCCUGCCACAGUAAUUAGCGUGGUUGGUGGAAAUGGAGCCACUGGGGGCCCUGCGAACGCACACGUCGCUACACCCGCGUUACCUGGUCAUGGUAGUGUAGUUAUUUCACCAGGAGUUGCUGCCCCGAGUAUUGCCACACACAAUUCUCUGGCUAGUGGAGGUGUUGUAGGUGGCCGCACAAACGGAGCGGGCGCAACUUCACUUGGCGUCACAACAGUUGGUGGUUCUAACGUCAGGAUUGCCCCAGUGGUUGUGCUCACAGGUGCGAACACUGCAACUGUUGGGGCUGGCACCAAAUUACUCCCAGAUUCUUCCUACCCAACAUAUGUCAUAGUAACUGGCAUAUCACCUAGCGGAGUAGGGAAUGGCACGGUCGUUAAUUAUGGGUUCACAAAUGUUACGGGCGUGAAUUCCGGAGGUAUAGACACCGGUGAAGGGCCAGCAGCUUCUGGAGGCCUUGAGGAUGGUGCGAAAUAAUUAAAGUAACACUCGCUUUUUCUGUAGGAAGGUCAAUAAAACUAUGGUUGUAACAUAAUAAAA